CAAGACUGUUCUAUAAAUAGAUCAAACAAAUGACGUCACGCAAUAUUUACAACAAAAAUGGCUGCCCUCUUUGGACAUGGGAAUCCUCUGGCUACACCUGUAGGCCAGAUGAUUGAAAAAAGCACUGAUGGUUCACAAGCAUCAGAAAACUGGGGAUUGUUUAUGGAAAUCUGUGAUGUAAUUAAUGAAACUGAAGAAGGACCAAAAGAUGCAAUUAAAGCAAUUAAGAAAAGACUAUCUCAAAAUAUGGGAAAGAAUCACACUGCAGUUAUGUACACUUUAACGUGCUUAGAGACAUGUGUGAAGAAUUGCGGUAAAAAAUUCCAUCAGCAAGUAGCCACAAAAGAUUUUAUGGGUGACUUAGUCAAAAUAAUAGGUCCUAAAUACGACCCACCACAAGUUCUUCAAGAGAAAGUUUUAAGUUCUAUACAGUCUUGGUCAGAUGCGUUUAAAGGACAACCAGACCUGAAGGAAGUAGAGAAAUGUUAUAAUGAUUUGAAGGGAAAAGGAAUAGAAUUUCCAAUGACAGAUCUAGAUCAUAUGGCACCAAUUCACACACCAGCUAGGAGUCAACCAGAACCUGAACCUGUUAUCAGACAACAAAGACAACCAAGUUUACGAGCAGACCAACCACCACAAAUACCAGUAGUGCCACCAGGUCCCAUUAAUCCAACAUCUGAACAAAUGGCAAAGUUAAAAAAUGAACUGACUGUUGUCAACGCAAAUAUUAAAGUAAUGGGAGACAUGUUAACAGAACUUGAUCCAUCGAGUGUAGAUCCAUCAGAUUUAGAAUUGCUACAGGAAUUGAAUCGUACAAACAGACAAAUGCAGCAAAGAUUAGUAGAUUUAUUAGAUAAAAUAGCAAAUGAAGAAGUUACUAAUGAACUUCUGAGAGUGAAUGAUGAUAUAAAUAAUGUAUUUUUACGUUAUGAAAGAUUUGAACGUUACAGAACUGGCCAAUCACAAACAGACCUGAAAAAAUUAGAUACACCAACUACAGAACCAGUAGUGUCUCCACCUUCUUAUAAUCAGGUAGAAGAUACAUCAAAUCCACCUAUUGCUAAUCUGAUAGAUCUGGGAGACGAUGGAAUGGUACAGGCACCAGGUCACUUACCGCCAAUAAAUACACAGAUGCAGAAUAUGAACAUUGGUUCCAAUACUGCACCCAAACAAAGUGAUGAUUUUGAUAUGUUUGCUCAGUCACGACAGUCCUUUGAACAGAAUAAAGUUAAAACACAAGGUGCUUAUGUAAAUCAACAAGAGGACCAGUUUACUGGUGGUGGGUUAGGCCAGGCUGUCAAUGCCAAAUCAGGGGUCUCAGAGGAGGAGACAUUACAGGAAUUAAACAAAGAAUUUGGUAAUGUCAAUAAGUUACAGAGUAAAGAUACAGAUUAUGAUGAAAUGGAACAGUGGUUAACAGCUGAUCAGAAAAAAGAUCUUGAAAAGUACAAGAAUCCGCAAGACCAGCUAUCAAGUUCAGAAUUUGACCAGUUCUUGGCAGAAAGGUCAACAGGAGCUAAUUCAGUACCCACCAUUUCUGCGGCUGCAGGUCAAAGGUCAGGAAGUCGAAAUCGACAACUACAGAAAGAUGAGGAAGAAAACCCGUUGUUUGCAUUGUAACAUCCAGUCUGUAAAAUUGUGUUAAAAUGUGAGAUAUUGUAUCCUUGUACAUCCUCAUGUAUGUGUGUGUGUUAAACUGUGGCUUGACUGAUUGUGACAGGAGGAAAGAUGCAAGGAGUGUGAAACAAUGUAUUUUUAUAUAAGUAGGGAGGACAAUUUUGUGGAAUUGCAUAAUCAGAGUUCUGCCUUCACUGGGAUAUUCUUAAAGUGGGAAAGAAAAUCAGGAUCCCAUUUACUUGCUUGUUCUUUCAAAGAAAAAAGAAAUAUUUUGCUCCAAAACUAAAAAUUUAUUUAUAAAUAUGUCUAUUUGAAGUAAAAACUAAAUGAAUGGAGUAAGAUAUUACCUCCUGAGUUCAUAUGAUGUGUACAUUUUCAUAUAAUUGGUCAAUCUUUUUAUGAGAUAUCAGCUUUGCAUAUAAUAUGGUACAAAUGUAUACAUUUAUAACUGACAUUGUAGCCAUUUGGGAUUGGUGAAUUAUGUUUCGCUUCAUCAAAGCUCUGCUAAUAAAUUACUUGUUUAAUU